AUGAUCGGGGAACUCUUUACUAUCACCCUCGUCCUUGCCAUAGUGACAGUGACCUGGGCUGAUUUGUCACCACCCAAACCCUCUGCAGCAUGGCCUUUCGAUGUAACCGAAAUCAAGGCACCAGAUGGCUCUAUAACUGCAAAGUUUGUCUCUCUAGGUGCAACGCUUACAGAACUUUGGGUAAAGGAUAGAGAAGGAAAAUUCAGGGACGUGGUCUUAGGAUACGAUGAUAAUUCGCAGCUACUCACUGACCCCGCGCAUCCUGUGUUCAAUGCAAUCGUUGGGAGAUACGCAAAUCGGAUUAAGAACGGAACGUUCUCCAUCCCCAUAUCUAAGAACCCAGACCCAAACGCACCGAACACCUACCAUAUCCCAACCAAUGACCAAAACGAGAAGACUCCAUCCAGCGUCACGUACAAACAUGUCGACAACGCAGAUGAAGGAUUCCCUGGAGAUGUCACCGUCUUUGCUACUCAUACAGUUUCCAACGGAGGCAUCCUACGGACCAAGCUACGAGCAACAGCAUCGCAAAAGACUCCGAUUAUGUUGACCCAACACGUAUACUGGAACCUUGAUGCUUUCCAGCAGGGAAGCAAUGACAUUUUCAACCAUGAGCUGAGACUCGACGCGUCUCGCUACAUCGAGCUCGAUGAUAUUGCUAUUCCUACAGGAAGAUUCACAGAUGUUAAAGGAACACCGCUUGAUUUUACAAAACAGCAGAAAAUUGGUGCAAGAUGGAAUGAAACUGUUGAUUUAUGUGGCUCUGGAUGCCAAGGGUACAAUGGCGGAUUUGUGUUCGAUCGACCAGACCAAAAGACAAGCAAAGUCUCUCUCCAGAGCCAAUUGUCUGGCAUCAAAGUGGAUAUCUCCACGGACCAGCCUGUUGUGGUGGUUUACACUUCAUAUUGGUUGAAUGUACCUCGCAAGGCUAUUCACGGUGGGCCAUCUCUUAAUUAUGGUCCAGAAGCCGCAGUAGCUUUGGAGCAACAAGGAUAUAUUGCGGCCAUAAACACACCGGAGUGGCAUGUAGACCAAAUAUAUUACCCUGGGAGAGAGUUCAAUUGGAAUACAGAGUACAAGUUUUCCACGAUUUAA